GUUUUUAAACGCUUUUUCCCUGCGUUUGCCCUUGUGCUGAAGUGAUGUGACCCAUAUCCCGCCACGUUGCGAUGAAUUCACAGGAUCUGCGGCUCAAGGACAGAGAGACAGAGAGAGAGAACAGCAGAGAGAUUUACAGUUUCUCAUAGAUGGCUGCAGAUAGUGGUUGGCGGGUGCUUUGUUGAUGCGGGUUUAAACGGCAGUUGGCGGAUGCUUUGACGGAGGUUUUUGCCAUUGUUUCCAGUACCCAGGGGACGACGGCAGAAUGGACUGUCUGCGGUUCCUCGUCGAGCCGGCCAAAGAGCUCACCAUCCGACUGAAGGACUCUCAUGAGAAGGCAGAGAAAGCAAAGAAGGAAGCGUUGGUGGAGAGCCAGUUAUUUAUCAUGGAAUUAGCCAAGGAGCUUAGCCGACUCUGCCAGCGGGCGGAGGUGCUGGGGCACAUUUGGAGUGGUGAGGACGUCUGGCCCCCCCAGGUCUGCCAGGCCUUCAUCCUGGACUGGGCCUCACAGCUGGAGAGCCAGAUGACCGGCCACCCGGAGAAGCGUGCCCAGAGGGAGCUGCUGGGCAGCUGGAGCGAGAAGGACGUGGAGCACGCCCAGAGGACCAUCGUGGAGUGGAGCCGGGGGCUGAAGGGCCAGCCUGAGCUUAGCAUAUGGCCUGGGGAGUCAGUGGUCGUGACUCUGGAUGACCUGGAAGCCAACUGGAAGAGGGGCAGGAUGCCAAAUCUGCUGUCCGCCAUGGAGCUGGUCAUAUGGGCCAUACUGACCGAGGGUCUGGACAAGGAAGCAGUCCCCCAGCUUUGGCUCACCAGGAAGCAGAGGAGACAGAAAAUCGCGGCUGCCCACUACAUCCCCCAGACAGUGUGGAACUGGAUCUGUGAAGCAGCAGUGGAGGUGACCCUUGACCCCGACACGGCGAACCCCGACCUGCUGAUCUCGCCCGACGAGAAGAGCAUGCGCUGCGGCUUCGAGAGGCAGGAGGUGCCCAACUUCCACAGCCGCUUCGACGGGUGGUGGUGCGCGGUGGGCGUGCAGGGCCUGGCGUCCGGCCGCCACUACUGGGAGGUGGACGUGGGCGAGCGGGACUGGCGUUUGGGCGUGGUCAAGGAGUCGGCGCUGCGGAAGGGCUUCAAGUCCCUGAACACGGACACGGGCUACCUCACGCUGCGGCUGGAGCGGGGCGCCGAGCUCAAGGCGCUGACGGUCCCCUUCACCCCGCUCCCCUCCGUCCUCAUCCCCCGCAAGGUGGGCGUCUACCUCGACUACGAGGAGGGCCAGCUGUCCUUCUACGACUCGGAGAAGCACGCGCACAUCUACACCUACGUGGAGGCCUUCGACGAGAAGCUGUACCCGCUCUUCGGCACGGUGGAGAUCGUCAGGGACCUGGUCAUCAAGCCCAUCAUCGUCAGGGAGCGCCACUGCUGUUCUGCGCUGUGUCUGUGGGCCUGAGAGCCCCCCCCCCCCCCCCCCCCCCCGCCCCCUCCCCUCGAUGGCCCCUUUUCCAGUCUAAUCGCGUAGCGAUCCAGCCAAGCCCAUGCUAACGUGCUAACGGUGAGGUAGAGGUCCGCCGCUGUAAAGACCCGUCGUGUUUUAAGUGUAGCCGCUUCCUCCCUGUAUCGUCUUCAGCUUCUCGCUCCGUACAAUCCAAUAUAAGCUCACGCCGCUGCACUUUGAGACGUUAUUGUUCAGUUGUUUUUUUCCGAUGUGUGCGAGUCUAAUCCUGCAAUCAUGAUGCACUUUAUGUGGUUAAUAAUAAAUUGACCAUGGUAAAAUGUG